CCAGUAACAAACUCGCGAGUUGGCCUCUAUAUAUACCUGAAUGCGGCACUAUGUGCGAGACCGCUGACCGACGACAUGUCGCUUUUCAAUUACUUGCAUGCCAAGUACCAGAACGAUACACAAUCUCUGGUCUCUGACUUGAUUGUCGCUUCCUUCGAUGUCCUGGCAAAUGCUUUGCAGCAACUUCAGCCGCCAAAUCAACUACUUUGUUAUCGUUCGUUCAUUGCCAACAAGCUGCCUCUUCUAAUCACAACUUUAUCGGCAUCUUUUCCACCUAUGACGUCUCAGGUCCAUAUUCAGAUGGCUUUGAGACGAGUCGAUGUCCAUCCAUUCCCACCCUUGUCUUCUGACAACGACACUGCCAAUAAUGAAAUCUUGAAAAAGAGUCGUCUCGAAUUUGUGCAAGCCUGCAUCCUGUUCCAGCUUGGAAACGAACAAGCUUUUCACUCAGUGAUAGGCGAAUCGCCUGCUCCAAUCGCUCCUCGAGUUGUUAGAUACAACAGACAAUCUCUGGCUCAGCAAUGUUCUGCCAACAUACACCGUGUCGAAGAAUUGGCUCGCGAGCUCGAAGGCAUGAAUGGUAAUGCAGGUGCAAUUUCCGGAGCGCUGGUCGACACAAUACAACACUUGUACACUGCAAAAGAAACGAUGGCUCUGCGAACGGUGUGCAACAUCUUCUCUCGACGAUUGCCGCUCAUGGACAUCAUACUCCAAUACGCUCAACCCUCAGACGUGCUCUCCCCACUUUGCAAUUUGUUGAACGAAUGGACCCACGACGAAGACCAGAGUGAGUACCAGCCAGCUUAUGAAGAGUUCGCUGCAGUCUUGCUACUGGUUUUGGCCGUCAUUCACCGGUACCAAUUGACGGAAGCUGAGAUCGGAGCGUUCUCCACUGACUCGUUUAUCAUAAGACUGUUGAAGAACAUGUCGACGAGCAUAGAUAUCAGAGCGCUCGAUGAUGAUCAGCAGAAGCAGCUUACCAAAUGGGUCCAAGGAUUGUAUGCGACAGAUGAGCACGGUGAGACGAAUGGUAUCAGCGAUGAGACUAUGUCGCACUGCCCGCCUCAAUCGUUUUACCUAUUGGUUCCAACGUUAUUCGAGCAGAGUGUGCAAGCUUGCAAACUCAUGACUCUUGCUGUCAACACAUUGAAAGGCGGUCUCGAGUUUCUCCUCGAGCCUUUUCUGCUUCCAUCACUGAUUGGUGGUCUCAGUUGGGUUACCAAACACUCUUGGGAGGAUCAUGGUGAUACCGAUAUUUUGAUGCAGAUGUUGCGAAAGCUGAUCCAGCCUGACUCUAUCUCUGGCGAUGCUCAAGCGAUGCAUAAAACAAUACUUGCGAUGAUCGCGAGACCACUGGCCAGAUCUCUGCAAGAGCUGCAGCGAAGACAGCCCAAGCGCAAAGAUGUUACUCCGGUCAUCGAGCUGCUUCAGCCUCAUCUAGACAGUCAGCGAUCAGGCAAAUGCAAUUCGGCCGAGCUCACAGAGUGGUCUGUUACUGCUGACGGGGGACUGCGGGCUGUUGUCAAAAACCUUGUCGGCGGUUUGGUUCAAUGGUCUAAUCAAGGCAGCAUCAGUUCUAUUCCCUACCAAUACACGCACCGCGCCAUCACUACAGCUUUGGACAUGCUUGGAGCAGAUGAGGUUUUGGCCAUCAUACUGGACGAAGUUAGGUCACAGACUCGUAGUGGAUGCGGUUCAGCAGCGCUUGAAGUCGCUACUGCUAUUGUUUGUACGCCUUCACCUUUGCCUGCUCUAUCUCAGGCCAAUACUCUCAUGCAGUUUGAUCAAUCUGCUCCAGUCUCGGUGAGUCAACGACGUACAUUACGUCAGGCCUUACGAGCAAGACUAGACGAGCCCAAGGAAUUGCUGGCAAUGGAGACCGAACGUGUGGAAACGAUUGUGAGGCUUGGUCGUCGCGUCGAGGCACAACUGUCUGUU